AACACCACACCCGCAAUAGUAGUUACGCUUGCGCAUUGUAGACAUUUUUUAAUUACUAAAUUAAACUGCUUAAAUGUUUAAAACUAAGCCUGACAAAGUGCAAACAAAGUUAUUAACAGUGUGGCAAUGGGCUUGCAAUCAACGACGAGCUGCCAACUAAAUAAAUAGGUGCCUAGAAAAGUGCAACAAAAUACGCCUGGCAGUUUGCGCGCGUGUGUGUGUGCCAUUGAUUACAUAGUUGGCAUAGGCGAAGAUAGGUGCGAGCGAGAGGGGGCAACACUGGAAAAGGGGCAGCGACAGAAACCGCAUUCCAUUUCCAGAAAUCCAGGUUGCAGCUUCCAUCCAUGAGAAAGUGAUCGAUCGCCAUGCACCACCAUCAUCCGCCGUUGCCCAUAACAGGAGCAAGUGGCUCCACGGCAGCGGGAGCAGGAGCAGCAGCAGCGGAGGAUGCACCACCUGCUGUGGUCGCCGGACCUGCCACCUCCUCCACUCCGUCUGGAUCCAAUACCCAACAACACCAGAGACGUCGCAAGAAGCGACCCAAUUACAACUACAAUGGCAUCCGCACCGUGGAGGUGCGACGCGGGUACAAUGGAUUUGGCUUCACCAUUUCGGGGCAGCAACCUUGCCGGCUAUCCUGCAUCAUCAGCAGUUCACCCGCCGAACAAGCAGGCCUGCGUUCCGGCGAUUUCCUCAUCUCCGUCAAUGGCCUUAACGUCUCCAAGUUGCCGCAUGAAACCGUGGUCCAGCUAAUAGGCAACUCCUUUGGAAGUAUUCGCAUGCAGAUCGCCGAGAACUACUAUUCGGAUAGCUCGGAUGAGGAGAACGCGCAUGCCACGUUGAGGGGUCAACUACUGGCCGCCAGUUUGAGGCACAAACCCAGGUUUCUCCACCACAAAGCCAAGCUCCACAGACUGCGUAACUCGCCCCAGAAGAAGUUGCCGCUGCCCGAUGUAGAGAGAGUAGAACCCCAGAGCUCCAAGACAUCCCCUGACCACCUGACACUAAGACCCGUCCUAGAGGAUGCCCCCGUGGCAGCCAAUCUAUCCAAAGCAGCGGAUGUGGCCAAUGUCAGUGCCAUGGUGCGGGCGGUGGGCAGUGCUGCCCUGGAGUACCGCGUAAUUGUGGGCUAUCUGGGAACCAUCGAGAUGCCCAAGCAGAUCUCUCAUAGCUCCAAAUUGCAGACCGUGAGGUCCUGCAUCCGAAAGCUGCGCCAGGAGAAGCGACAGCCUACCAUUGUGCUGAUGUGCAUCACGCCGGAUAGCCUAUGCCUGCAGAGCGCCGGUGGCGGAGUCCUGGCCACCUACUCCUCGGCGAGACUGAACUUCGUCAGCUCCUCGUCGGAGAGCGAGAAUCGCUUCUUUGGCUUGGUGACCAGCGCCGUGCACAACACCCAGAUCGAGGAGGAGUACGAGCCGAGUGCCGGGAGCGGAGCAGCUGCUGGCCACAUCAGCAUCUCGCAUAGCUGCCACGUGUUCGUGAUCGACACCAAGUUGAUUGAGCAUGCCCAGCACUUGCAGCGGGCCCAUGAGUUCCGGCUGCAGUGCACAAGGGAUCCCAUCUCGAAUUUGUGCCUGGAGUUUCCCAACAACUCGGAGUAUGUGGUGAAUCUGGUGCGCAGCAUGUACACCAUGCGUAUCCUGCCGCCUGCCAGUCGGAGUCAUCAAGUGGACUACGACGGUCCGGCUGCCGCUGGAGGAGCAGGAGCAGCGGCCCACUCGCCGCAGCCAUCGAACCACAGCGAGAUCUCCACCACCACUUCAAAUUCCGAUUCUGGGAUUGGCUUCAAUAACGAUUGCACGAAUAUCUCGGAUCGCAUCCUGGUCGUGGACUUUCUGGGAGCAGGAGCAGGGGCUGCGCAUGCAGGGCCACCGAAUCACCCGGCGCCUGCGCGUCCACUAGGCAUUGUGGGAAUUCCGGACAACCGACUGACUGUGCGGGCCAUGCCCGAUCAUGCUGCCCUUCUGAAAUCGCCGCCAGAGAGCUCCUCGCUGCGGCGACCCAAUCUGUUGGCCAGCUUCAACCUGAUCAAGAGUCCUGCCACGAAUCUCACUUCCACCCGCUCCUGUGAUGAUGUCCUGAAUCUCUUUGUGGACGAUUCGCCGCGUGCUUUGGGCGCAGUGGCCUCCAUGGACGACAUAUCGUUGCACUCGGCUGCUCCGUCUCUGGAUGAAGCGCACACUUUUGCCCAUCCAUCGUGUGUGCCCCGCAAGAUGCGCAGAUCGCUGGUUCUGGAGACGCCAACGACGCCGCAUAAGCUGAGUGCCCAGGUGUUUGGUCAACCUGGCUCCCGACACUCGCUGGGAUUCGAGGCCAUCGACAGCGUCCAGUCGUCGGUCAGUGAAGCAUGCAUCGAUCAGCCCAUGGACACGUGGGCCAGCCUGCAGAAUCUACACAAAUCUCACAGGGAUCGGGCCAGUCUCUCGGCCUCUUCAUCCUCACACUGCCUUUUGGAAGCUACAAACAGCGAACCGGAUCUGGGGAACCGCGCUCUGCCCGCCAAUGCCUCGCCUUUUCGCCGAGCCUGGGGACAGUCUUCCUUCCGCACUCCCCGCUCAGACAAGGUGGCCAAACAGCAGCAGCAGCAGCAGCAGGGCCAGUCGUCGCCUGUGAGACGCACUGCCUCCAUGAACGCCUCCGACAACGACGUGUACAUCAAGACGCUGAUGAUGGACUCGGACAUGAAGGGGACGCGCAGUCAGCAGCAGCUGAGCCUGCUGCAGGUGCCCAAGAUCCUGACCACGCCGGCCCCGCCCUCCGCCAUCACGGUAUCCGUUGCUGCAGAGGAUGCGGCCCAGGAUCACGGCUGUCCCAGUAGCUGGGGUGGCUCCUUCGAGCGGAUGCUGCAGGACGCCGCCGGCAUGCAGACCUUCUCCGAGUUCCUCAAGAAGGAGUUCUCCGCGGAGAAUAUCUACUUUUGGACCGCCUGCGAACGUUACCGCCUGCUGGAAUCGGAGGCGGAGAGAGUGAUGCAGGCCCGUGAGAUCUUCGGCAAGCAUCUGGCCAACAGCAGCAGUGAUCCCGUCAACGUGGACUCGCAGGCACGCAGCCUUACGGAGGAGAAGCUGGCCAGUGCCGCCCCGGACAUCUUUGCCCCGGCCCAGAAGCAGAUCUUUAAUCUGAUGAAGUUCGACAGCUACCAGCGCUUCAUCCGCUCGGAUUUGUACAAGAGCUGCGUGGAUGCGGAGCAGAAGAACCAACCGCUGCCCUACAGCGGCAUGGAUCUGGACGAGCUGCUGAAGACGAAUUUUCACUUGGCCGCCUCCUCUAAGCUCAAAAAAUCGGCUAGCAAUGCAGAGGAUCGGCGGCGCAAGAGUCUGCUUCCCUGGCAUCGAAAGACGCGGAGUAAGUCCCGUGAUCGCGCUGAGAUAAUGGCUGACCUGCAGCACACGCUGAUGCCGGCGCCACCACUUCCGCCACCUGCCCUGCUCACCAGUGCCUCGCUUAAGCUCGUCUGCGGACAGAAUUCCCUGAGCGAUCUGCACAGCUCUAGGUCAUCGUUGUCCUCCUUCGAUGCAGGCACAGCGCCCAGUGGACAAGGAGCCAGUGCGGAGAGCGUGUGCUCGCUGUGCCGGGUGAUCCUCACCGAUGGAGCCACCACUAUAGUGCAGACGCGAGCUGGAGAAACAGUUGGCGAAUUGGUGGAACGCUUGCUAGAGAAGAGGAACCUAGUGUAUCCCUACUACGACAUAGUGUUCCAGGGCACCACCAAGUCCAUCGACGUGCAGCAGCCGUCGCAAAUGCUGGCCGGCAAGGAGGUGCUGAUCGAGCGGCGGGUGGCCUUCAAGCUGGACCUCCCCGAUCCCAAGGUGAUCUCUGUGAAGAGCAAGCCCAAGAAGCAGCUGCACGAGGUGAUCCGGCCCAUACUCAGCAAAUACAACUAUAAGAUGGAGCAGGUGCAGGUGAUCAUGAGGGAUACCCAGACGCCACUUGACCUCAAUCAGCCCGUGACGAUGGCGGAUGGACAGCGGCUGAGGAUCGUGCUGCUCAAUUCGGAUUUUCAGGUAGGCGGCGGCAAUAGCAUGCCGCCGAAGCAAAGCAAACCGAUGAAACCGCUGCCGCAGGGCCAACUGGAUGAGCUGACGAACAAGGUUUUCAACGAGCUGUUGGCCAGCAAGGCGGAUGCGGUAGCCACUGAAAAGCCACGGCCCAGCGACCAGUGCUCCAUGAAGUCCAACGAGGUGCCCUCGGAGGCGUCGUCCUCGCUGUUCGAACGCAUGCGGCGUCAGCAGCGCGAUGGCAGCAACAUUCCGGGCAGCAAGCUGCCCAAGCUCAAGAAGAAGUCCACAAGCAGUCAGCAGUCCGAGGAGGCGACUACCACGCAGGCGGCCGCGGAUCCCAAGAAGCCGAUAAUAGCCAAGCUGAAGGCUGGAGUGAAGCUGCAGGUGACGGAGCGAGUAGCCGAGCACCAAGAUGAACUACUCGAGGGCCUGAAACGGGCACAGCUGGCGCGGCUGGAGGAUCAGCGUGGCACGGAGAUCAACUUCGAUCUGCCCGAUUUUCUGAAGAACAAGGAGAAUCUCAGCGCAGCUGUCUCAAAGCUGCGCAAGGUGCGCGCCAGCUUGAGUCCCGUAAGCAAGGUGCCAUCUUCGCCCACGGAGAUUCCCCAGCCGGCGCCACGUCUGUCCAUCACACGCAGCCAACAGCCGGUGUCGCCCAUGAAGGUGGACCAGGAGCUGGAGACUGAGUUGCCUGCCGGGACGAAGGAUCAAACGGAAUUUGCCAAAGCGCCGCCUCCAUUGCCACCCAAGCCAAAGGUGCUGCCCAUCAAGCCAUCCAACUGGGGCGUGGCUGUGGCCCAACCGACGGGCAACUAUUGCAACAAGUUCUCCCCCAGCAAGCAGCUGUUGACAUCACCCAAAGAAGCCUCCAAGCCGGCAACGUUUACGAGCAAAAUACCACUGGAACUGGGACGCAAGUCUCUGGAGGAGGCGGGCUCUCGGUGUGCUUAUCUCGAUGAGCCCAGCAGUAGCUUCGUAUGAUUGAAUUGUCUUUACUGAUCUUGACUGUAUAUACAUGUGCACUAUUUAUUGAUACUGUUUUAUCGUAUUCCCUGUUAAAUGUCCACUUUUGUAUGUAAACUACUGAAUGAAACGCCUGUAUUUAUAAAUAGCAACAGUAAGAUUUAGCUUUACUACAUUUUGUAUAAAUAUACCACAAACAUGAAAUAA